CACACACACACACACACACACACAAGCAGCGGCGUCUAUCUGGCCUCGCCGCCUCCUCCCGCCGCCCCGCCAGUCAGGGUGCGAGUGCGACCGAGGCACGACGCCGCUGCGGUUGGGACAGGCCCGGGCCGGGCAGGUGCAAGCGGGCGUCUCUCUCGCCGCCUGUCCGUCGCUGAUUGGCCGCCGUCGGGCCCGGGCCCGGGCCCGGGCUUAGCGUCAUCGCGGUCCACUGGCCGCCACCUCUCCCCACGCGGCCGGCCCUCUCGCCGCCUCUCGCUCUGUCCGCCUCGGCGUCUGUCCGGCCGACACAGCGGCGGCAUGAGUCGCUCCGGCGCAGACAGACACCGCAGUGCCGCCGGCCGCGUCGGGCUCGACUGGCCGUCGAGAUUGGCCAAGAGGUCGUCUGAGCUGUCUAUAAAAGGAGGGCCCGAUCUCUCCUCAACCAUUCUCAACCGCUUCCGGUCCUCACCUGCACCUGCACCGGCACCCGACCACUCUCGCCGCGACCCCGAGGCCGCCUUCAGCCUCCGGCGCCAACAGCCACCCCAACCGAGCCAUCGGGUCUCCGGCAUCCGCUGGCUGCUGGUACAGCUACUGCUCGUCGACCUCGUCUCCACGGGCGGUCGCCUCGUCAGACUCGCCUCAGCACUCAGUGAGUUGCAUUCCUUUCUUCAUCACCCCCCGGCCAUAUCAGUUUGUGUCUGCGUGCGCGCCGGCCAGCCGCGGAUGUGUGUUGUGCUUCAGCCUGACGCACAACCCUGGCCUCCCUAUCACUAUCGUAUGCACUCACUCACUCACUCACUCACUCACAAACACACACACAAACACACAGACGCGACCGGUAGCCGACAGGAUCUGAAGGGAAGCUGGGUUCCGAGGAGUCUCUUGGUGGAUUCACACCGACACACCGACACACCGACACACCUUUCGUCUGAGUUGAAAAGGUGGGCGGCAGGGAUUCGUAGAUUGACCUCACCGAAAAUACCGAAGGACGGUUGCCUUGGUCUUUUGUCUGUCCAAGUGUGCGUCCUCCGGCCACAAAGCAUCAUUGAGCAGUAG